AGUGACGAAGGUUGUUGCUACAGGGAAGGAAACAAAUAAGUCAAAUAUUGUCUAGUCUAGCUAGAUCUAGUAUCUACUAUCUAGUAUACAUCAAGUUUAGAUAUAGAUUCUAGGUCCUAUGCAAAAUUAUUUUAAAAUGUUCAAUUUAAACCUCUUUGUACUGUUGACCUCUACCUCAAUCGUAUCAAACAUCAUCGUACAGUCAAAAGAAUGCCCUGAUUCAGGUACUUCAGGUUCAGCUGUAACUCCAAGUAACAGCACCUAUUAUUAUGGAAAUAAAACUGCUACAUUCGGCUGUUCAUUUAAUACAACAGUAUACAAAUUUGUAGCAGUUUAUUUUGAAGAUGAAGAUAUGGAAAAUGGCACUGAUCUAGACUACUUUCCAAAUGGAACUAUAGCAUUGACAGAUACAAACCGUGCCGAUGCUGGAUUAUACCACUUACAGCUCAAUUCUUUAUCAGAUUCUUGUAACUGUUCAGUGUCCUACUAUGGUGAUCCUUUGGUCCUGGAUUUUGUGAAGUCUGUGAACUAUGAGGUGGAUGAGAACUUGGAUAUUACCUGUGAUGUCAAAGGUUACCCAAUUGAUAGCGUAACCUGGAAAAAAGAUGGUGUAAUUCUAGAUAAAUCAGUUGCUCCCAGGGUUGUGCUAAAAGAUGUUAAAGACCAUCCCAAUGCUCGACUUGUCAUCGAGGGCGUUAAAUACUCAGAUGAAGGGGAAUACAGCUGUACUGCCCACUCCCUAUAUUCAAACACCUCCUCAACAAAAUCUCUCAUGGUCAGGAUUAAAAACCCCAUAGCCUGGGUGUGGCCACUGGUGGGGAUACUGGUAGAGAUCAUCCUGCUGGCUGCCAUGAUCAUCAUCUGUACUAAAAUAGACAAGAAGCGCAAACUACAGAGUGAGCAAGGGAAAGACAACUGAGGACACUGUUGGAGGAAUCUUCACUUUGACCAGAAACUUGAGAUGAGUCUUCAUGCAACCAGAUUACAAAUUUUCUGCACAUUUUCAUCGGCUAGUUUACAGGUAGACUAGAUAUAAGUUUAGUUUACUUUAGUGUGUAAACUAGUUGUAUGUGUUCCAUCCUUUUUUAUACUGAACAAAAACCAAUGAAUUUGUAUACCAUCUUUUUUUUUAAUGAUUUCUUCACUAAACCAGUUGUUUUUAAUUCUAUCUUGAAACACUUGAAUGGAACAAUGUAUUUGAGCAUCUUAUUUUAUUAAGAAAAAAGCUUUAGCAUACUUAUAAUUUACACUUAGUGCUGUAUUAUUGUUCUUUUAGCAGGUGCUUUGAAUUAGGUUGUUUUAGCUAGAAUUUAUGAACUAUGUGCAACCAAGCUUUUUUUAAAUAGCUUUUUAAGCUUGUUUUCAAAAGAGAUUGCUUUUGUUUUAUGUUAAAGAACAUUGAAAUAAUCCCUAGAAAUUCAAAUAUGAAGGUACUUUUAUUAUAAGGGCUUGUGUUGGCAACAGAAUUAGUCUGUAGUUGUAUGAAAAAGGCCAAGUACACGGUCUAAAAAUACUUCAUGUAGAAAGGUAUUUUGUGUUGCUUUAAUGUAUAUUUCUUUUAUUUGACUCUACAUUUCAUCGCUCACUUUUAAUAGAUACAUUAUCAGCAGGAUAUAUAAUGAGAAAUAAUUAAUUGCUAAUUCAUUUAUAGAAUUUUUUUUUUUUUAUAAAUGGCAUGGUCAAAAGUGCCAAAAUAUUCUGGCUUUAAUAUUCCUAUUACUUAUUCAGUGUUAAAAAAAAACAAAUUUAAAGAGAAAAAACCAACCUGUCAUUUCAUUUGGGCUUUAUUUCUGAAUUCACACUUGAUAAAGAUUAGAAUCUAACUUUAGUGUGAUAAUUUUAAAAGACAAUUUAGUUGAGAGUUUAAGAAUUAAUUUAUUGUUUAAAAUAAUGAUUUUAGUCUGCCUUUUUUUAAUGAACAUAGGUCUUAAAAAUACUUUUAAUUCUAAUAACAAUACAAUGAUAAAAAAAACUUUCCUGAUGUCCCUCCUUAUUUUUUUAUUGAUCUCAGCGACUUGAUAUUAAGACUUAUAUUUUUAUCAACUAAAUUCACCCACUCACUCAGUUUAAAUAAAGACUGACAUAUAUUUAUUUUUAUAUCUGGGUUAAUUUUUUUUUUAUCAAACAGGGAAUGAUCACAAACUUUUUUUUUACUGUGUCACUUCUAGGCAAUGUUAGUUCAUGAUUUAACUUAUAG